ACCGAGUCUACCUAGGGUAAUGUAUUAUAAUCGUACGUAUACAUAUAACAGCUCGCUGUUAUCCCAUGUCUUUCCGCAGAGGAAUCUCAGUUAACAUACCCCCAAAACCCAUGUCAUCCAUUAGCAGCCUACUUAGCUACAUCAUUGGCGGUGUUUCAGUCCCCAAAACAUGGAAUUGAAUGCUCAGGAAGACCAAUUUGCAUUACAUACACCGGAAGGAUGUGUUAAUAACCAAGUUAUACACACUACGGAAUCGAGUAUAUGCAAUCCAUUGGUCAUCGAGGGGUACCCCGUUCUGGGACGAUUCGAUUCUACCACUGACGUCAACAAUGUCAUAGAGCGGGUAGUCAGGGAAUCUAUGGAAUGUACAACCGAUCCUUCGUCCGUAAAGUGUGUCUUUCAAGUUGGUCGCCUGGUAGGGAUAACCCAGAAUCGCGCUAUCGUCCUCCCAGUGGAAACUGAACUAAUCCUAGAAAAUGAUACAACCAGGAUAUCUUUCAUACCAGACGUAUCGCCAAAGUUAAUCGACACUUUAUACCUAGAUGUAUUCACAAGCCAAGCAGGAGACUCCAGGCUUGUGUCAUCACACGACUGUGUAGAAGUUGAAGUAGUGACUUCACAAAAUAUAGACCAUCGCAAACCAGGUGAUGACCUAGAAGGAUUCCAUCACAUACGUAUAUACAGAGUCCCGUAUGAUAAUGAAGACGGGCUUAUGCUACAGCAAAUGGAAUGCUGGGAACAUAAUAUACUAAACAACUUGCUGGUGUAUAGACCACACUCGCAACACCACUAUCGCAUACAAACGGCAUCAACAACAGUGACCCACGGGACCAGCACUCCCGAUAAGCUAGGCAAUGUUUUAAAACUGUCGUUCCGCCACAUGCGUAACUACAAGACUAGCCCCGUGGGACCUGAAAAACUAAUAAAAUGGGAGCUGAAUGUAGUAGACCACUGGGAUAUAGUGGUAAAUGAAGAAAUGGCAAAUAUACCUAUAGAAAGCCUUAUCCAGUGUUUUACCACGUGUCUUGUUAGCAAACAGGAUGAUACACCCGAGUUUUCCUUCCUAGACCGAGAUGUAGUGGAUGAAGGACGUCGUCAUUACAUACAAUUAUGUUUACAAGGCAGGCAACUAGUUAACCAGUUCCAACGCAUGGUUGCUUUCAAGAGGAAUCGCUUUGGGUAUAUUCUAUCCCUGGUGAGAAGUAACCUAUGCAUGAUACUAGACAGAUUUGAUAAGACGUCCGUAGAUAUAGAAAGCACUGGGGAUUUCUAUCCAAAUCGAUUCGGUGAUACCGCAGAGGUUGUUCAAUUGCACUACGAUACACGUAAGCUAGUACGCCAGAAAGGUUCAGCUGUUGAAGCAUUGCGACGACACAACAACCUGGUGAAACGUAUUUUAAUAGCGUGUUACAUACACCGCAAGUCCACGGUAUUGGAUUUGGCGUGCGGUCACUGCCAGGAUCUAGAUAAAUAUGCAACUGUAGGAAUCAAGCAGUUAACGGGUAUAGAUAUAUCGCUAUCGGAAAUAAUGGAAGCGCGAAGGCGGUAUUCAGAACGGUCAUCUAGCAGGAGAAUAAGAUUCAGAGCUGAUUUCCAUCACGGCAAUCUGCUGGAAGAAAAGAUAUACGGAGUGUUCCUGCGCAACAGAAAGUUUGACGUGGUGACCAUGCAGCUGGCAAUACAUUAUAUUAUAUCAGAUGAAGCCAAUGCAACGAUGUUGUUGCGUAACAUACAUCAAGCACUUGGGGAUAAAGGUAUAUUCAUAGGCAGCACUGUAUGCUGCAACGCCAUUGCCAAAGGGUUGAAUGCAAAGACGCCGUACCAAGCAUCAGAUGACGGUCCUUUGCGAUGGGAAUUUGGAAACUCCAUAUUCAGGGUCACCGUAGACGAUGAGUCAAUGGACAGCCUCAUGGACCCGGUAACUAAUAAGUACCUCUCAGGGGAUGCCCUGGUGUCACAUCUAGAAACCCACUGGGGAAUUAAGUACCACUUCUUCCUGAUGGAGUCAAUUGAUGCCAGUGAAUAUGUGGUGCCAUGGAAGGCGUUCACCGAGUUGUGCGUGCGUCUGGGAUUCCGAUUAAUCGAGACUUUUACAUUCCCGGAGUACCUGGACAAUGCACCAACUAUACUGAAUAACCUGAGUGUUACUCUUCCAGCCAACGUAAUGGAUAACCUAACGCACCACAUAAAGCAGAUAUCGUCCCUGAAUAUAUCACCGGAGCAACAAGAAGCAUUCAUGCUGUAUCGCACAUUUGUAUUUGAAAAAAUAUCAGGCCGUGAUAAGCUGUAUAUGCAGGGCGUGAAAAUACGCCGAACGCAGUAGCCAACACAGAUGUAACGUG